AUGAAUCUUACUCUAUCAUGGCGCCAAGCCGCCGUGGCAGUCCUGCUAUUCAAUGCGGCGGUGACUGCCAGCUACGAGACUCGCCAGGAUGCAGAGGUGUCCGAGGACCCAAAGCGGUCUUUGGACAGCUCCUCGAUCAAAGCACGAAACCUCGACAUCAGAAACUUCGUCCAGAGGAUGGACGUGGCCAGCGUCUUGUCUGCUCUUGGUGCCGACAACGGCAAAGCUCAAGACGAUGCAACCCCGGAGGCUGCCCCGUUAGCUGCUGAGGGUGCUCCAGCUGCUUCACAGGCUUCUGGUGCAGCAGCCCCUCCUCCGCCACCGUCUAACGGAGAAGCACCGCCUCCACCGGACCCGAACGCUGCUCCUCCGCCUCCGCCAACCAACGGAGAAGCGCCGCCGCCUUCUCCUGACCCGAAUGCCGCUCCACCGCCACCUCCCGAUGGUGCGCCUCCUCCGCCGCCGCCGAACGGCGAGGAACCGCCGCCUCCCCCUGAUCCGAACGCUGCUCCUCCGCCUCCGCCACCCAACGGAGAAGCGCCGCCGCCUCCUCCUGAAGGAGGUCCCCCUCCUCCCGAUCCCAACGCUCCCCCUCCGCCUCCACCUGCGGGUAAUGGAACCGAUCCCGCAGGCAAAAAGGCAAAGAAGGGCAAGGACGACGCGAAGAAGGCCAAGGGCGAUGCGAAGAAGAAGGCCGAGGGUGAACGCGGGGCUGCCGGCCCGGGUGCUGCGGCCGCCAACGGCACGGAACCCGUGGGACCUGAUGGCAAGGCGAAAGGGAAAAAGGGUAAAGAUGCCAAAAAGGAUGCCAAGGGGAAGGGGGCUCUUCCGGGAGCAGCCGUCAAUGGCACCGAGGUCGGGCCCGAUGGAAAAGCCAAGGGCAAGGCGGCCAAGGAUGCGAAAGGAAAAGACGCCAAGGGCAAGGCUGCCCCUCCCGGAGCAGCCGCGAACGGUACCGAGGCAGCCGGACCGGAUGGCAAGGGCAAGGGCAAGGGCAAGGAUGACGAUCCCGAGGCCAAGAAGAAGGCCAAGGAGGCUGCCGGCGCCGGCGCCGGAGCCGCGGCAGCGGGUAAAACCGCCGGAGGAGCAGCCGAGGAUGGGGCCAGCGACAUGGCGCGGAGGGCCGUCAGGGACUCGGAGCAGCAUGACACACGCCGACUAGUCCGCUUCAUCAAGCGACGAGAUCUUUUGGCAAACUUGGACUGA